AUGACUCUCACGGCAACUCAUUGUGUCGCCUCAAUCCCAACAUACCCAAUCUGCAAGCAUCAACAUAAACCUCCUCGAUCUCUCUCCCGGCGGAUCUUAUCAAGAUCAAAUAGAGUCUCAAAUGUUAAAAUUCCGCAGUCGACCUCUUUAACCUUCGAGCCAAGAAACGAGUGUGAGUGCUUCAAUCUGUACGAGCAGCAGGUUCCAUAUGGUCAGGCGUGGGCUUGGCAGAAGAGCAUAGUUAACGAGAAAAAAACUUUGAUUCAGAGGAAUGAGGAUUGCUCAGACUCGCUGUUUGUUCUUCAGCAUCGUCCUGUGUAUACCUUGGGGACUGCUAGUUCAGAGCAGUUCCUUAAUUUUGACGUCAAGGACUCACUUUUCGACAUUUAUCGAACCGAACGUGGCGGUGAGGUUACAUAUCAUGGUCCUGGUCAGAUAGUUAUGUACCCCAUUAUGAAUCUCCGAAAUCACAAGAUGGAUCUUCAUUGGUACCUCAGGUCACUUGAGGAGGUGAUCAUCCGUGCUCUUUCAGAGACAUUUUGUAUCAAGGCAUCACGGCUUGAGGGCCUCACUGGUGUUUGGCAUGGAAACCAGAAACUGGCGGCCAUCGGAAUACGAGUAUCACAGUGGAUAACGUAUCAUGGCUUAGCGUUGAAUGUCACCACUGACUUAACCCCUUUUCGUUCGAUAGUGCCCUGUGGGUUACGAGACUAUCAGGUUGGAAGUGUUAGAGUUUUGCUGAAGGAAUUUCAGUCAUCUGCCGACUGCGAAAGAGCACGUCUACCUGAUCCUGACGAUGGCCAGCUACUUGAUAUUACUUGUAAAUCUUUGAUCAAAGAGUUUUCAGAAGUUUUCCAGAAACCCGAAUCUGCAAGAAAGAUUCACCACAGCCUCAGGAUUCAAGAUAUGUCAGGCAAAGAACCUGUGACAACCGCGAAAAGGCCCAAGGAAACAAAAACAGCCACAUCAUCACCAACCAAAACCACAAACAAAGCCAGCAUAAAACCUAAGAAAACAACCAACACAAAAGCAAAAUCCAAAACACCAAAGCCAAGAUCAAAAAGACUAGACGAUCCAAACUAUGUUCAAAUCAAAAGCAAUAUGCUCACUUUUCAGACCACAUUGAGCAACAUAAAAGACAGACUUAAUGCAAACAAACAGGCCCUCAGACACCUAGCCAAGACACCAUUUUGGAACCUAAUCAGUGCUUACAGAGAGGGCUACCUAACAAACACAAAUUGCAAAAAGUCUAACUAUGACAUUCUUAGACUAAUCAAUACCUACAACCCUGAGACCAAAAAAUUCAACUUUGGAGCUGGCAAUGAGUAUGCAAUUACAAGCCAAGAUGUGGCUGACAUCUUUGGGUUGCCGAACCAUGGCAAGCAGCUGCCAAACACAACAACAUCAACUAGACCGAAACUGGAUUUUGUGAACAAAUACUUCAUGGAAGUCGAAAAGAUCACCAAGACUGAAAUUGAUAGGUUUCUGGACAAAGCACUGGAGGAUGAGACACCUCAAGGGCCAAUGGAUGUCACAAGGUUCAUAAUUCUAGAGUUAUUCAUCAGCAACUUAUUCUGCAACUCAGGAUGUACACUAGCUUGGACAUAUGUGACAACAAUAAAUACCGUGAAAGAUAUGAAGCAAUAUAAUUGGGCAAAGGGAGUGCUGGACUACAUGCACUUUGGUUUGGACCAAGCAAUCAAGAACAAGAAAGACAAGAAAAAACAGCCAAGUGUCAGUGGAUGCCUUGUUCUAAUACUGUAUUGGUUGUGUCAAAGAGGUAAUUUGAUAAGUCCUAUUGUUGGAAGAGAAGGCAUGACUCCGGCAGCUGUGAGAUGGAGCCUUCCAGAGCUGAACGUGAAGCUAACUCAUUUGAAAAAUGAGCACAUUAAGAUAACCAUUGCUGAAAAUGAAGACGACAAUGAAGACAAAGAGAGUGAUAUCGAGCAUAAUGAUGGUGGAGAUGACGAAGAUAAUGAAGAGAAUCAAGACCAAUUGCUUAAACAACUGCAUAAAAGGUAUAAACAAGCGGCUCACGAUCAAGAAUCCAAAUUAACUUCGUAUGAUUGGUGCAAGGGUAAAAAACAGAAUACUUGCAAAGGGGAAAAUGAUAUUGCUCAGCAACAACUGUUUACCAGUGGUGAAACUGCGAAAAAAGAUGCAGAGGAAACAGUAUCUCAAAUCCAUGAGCAAAAGCAGGAAAAAAUGAAUGAACACAACAUGGAUGAAGACAUUGCAACUGACCAGAAUGAAAAAGUGGUAUAA